UAAAUAUUGACAAGUGUCUUCGUAUGCUUUCUUCCCUUGAAAACUCUUUUUCUUCCCUCCCUACUCGUUGAUCGAUUCUCACCUUCUCCUUCUCAUUUUCCUCAAGCUUUCAAUGCAGAGUCGUUGACAAGACGCAACUUCACAAUGGAUGCUGCGCAGGCGUCCUUCGUGUCCAAAGCUAGAACGGCCUUCAGUUCCGCGGCGGCUAAAGCGGAGCGCGUCUUCACUGAUCUCAAGUCCCAACGAGAAGAGGAGGAGCAACCAACGAGGAAUCAGAAUUACUCUAAGGGGUGGAGAACUGCACAUAUUAGGAAAAAGCAAGAGUGGCAAAAUAAACUGAAUAACUUAAGAAUUGGGAGGAGGAAAGAAGUCCAAGAUCAAGACAAAGUUGAGGAUUCAACCAUGGCUAUUCCUUUUUAUGACGCAAAUUUAUAUAUUCUCAAAGCAAAGCAAGAACAAGAAGCCAAGGAAUCUGAUGUUGGCUACUUGGUAGAGACUCUAAAUGCUGUUGAUGUCAACAGUAUUCCUCGAGCAUCCAUUGUGAAACAGUUGGCUGUAGCCAUCAAAGCUGGAAAAGGGGCUAAGACUAUGAAAGACUUUGUUGCACCGUCUGGAAAUUCAUCACCAGUGAAGGAGAAGGGGGGCUUGAGCCUCUCUGCCGUGAAAUCACUGGUUCUUGGUGAACAAGAGGACAAACUUGGUUUUGAUUCAGGAGACGAGAAAAAACUUGCGUCUCUAAUAAACUCCUUGUUUAAUGUUGACGGUAACUUCCUCAUCAGAAUGAUUGUCUCUGAUUUGGGGUCUCCUAGCAACAGAGUAUCUUUCACAAAAGAUCUUCAUGCUGCUCCCCCUGAUAGCUUUGUUGUUAAGCUAGCUGAAGUCAUUGGAAGUUUUACAACACCAACGAGAAUGGCUUUGUUCUGGUGCAAAGUUGUUAAUGAAUUGAGGAGGUUUUGGAAUGAAGAGAAACGCAUUCCAUGCAUACCUUUGGACGAGAAUCCAGACUUAAAAAGUUGCCUACUUCACCAGUGGCUACAGGUUAUAAACUGCUGUCUUGACAGGAGAGCGCGCUGCAUAGCUGCUUCUGAAGCAUUAGAUGCUGCAAUGAGCCAAGCCAGUUCAGCCAAUGAGGAGUCUGACAAUUCAGAAGAAAUGGGUUCUCCUGUUUCUCUUUUGUUUGCUAAAAAUAGCACAGGGGAACUCGUACUCCGGUUAGGGGCUCACCACCAAGUUGAAAACUUAAUAAUGUUGGAAACUGGUGAACCUGUGUAUGCCCCAGUAACGCAGGAUGGUCCUCUCUUGACAGAAGAUCUUAUUAAAGAAACAGAGGAACUAGUAUUGAGGACAGGGAGCAUGGGAGCUGGAUGUUCUCAGCUCUUGUCUGACAUGCAGGCUUUCAAGGCAGCAAACCCUGGAUGUACGUUGGAAGAUUUUGUGAGAUGGCACUCUCCUCCAGACUGGACUGAGAAUGAUACCUCUUCUGGAGAUGACUCUUCUCCUCCGAGAGGUCAAUUAAGUAUCCGUAUGCGAAAAGCAGGUAACUUAUGGCGAGAGCUGUGGGAAACAGCUAAACCACUGCCUGCUGUUAAACAAACUCCUCUCUUUGAUGAAGACUUAGCUGUGGAAGGAAUCUUGAAUUCUUUGGAAGACAUUCCAGCUGCUGAACUUUUCGAGCAGCUGUUUGUUUCUCUUGUUGCACUAGGAUUUGUGAUGGUGGAGCCAGUAAUAUCCACAAACGAUGACUUGUCAAAGCUAUUCUUCGAGUGCAAGGAUUAUGUAGUGGCCAUUUGCGAGGGAGGCGCAUGUACUGAUAAGCUUGAUGAUCUCUGCCAGGUGUAUGAAACCGUGGAAGCAAUGUUGUUACGCCCAGAAAGAGUUUUGAGAACAAUGAAGCAAACAGAGAACUCGCUAUCAGGUGGGAACGGAACAAAACAGCGGUUCAAGAGGCUCAGUUUCAUAUUCCGUGGUAAAGAAGGAAACCAGAAAAGAGUUCCAUCAGAAACUGAACAGAAAAGUUUCGAGCCUGCUCCAGCUGUUUUCUGGUCGUUCUGAUGAAAAGUUCUCAUAUACCCUGAAAAAUGGGACUCUUGUCUGAAUACUCGUUAUUUACUUUUUAUCUGGUUUUGAGUCAUAUUUCUCAAUUUGUUGGUAAUUGUAUAUUUAUAUCAUUCAAAAGCAUUUCUCAGAUGGGAACUUACAUCUGAUGAAAAUGAAUAAGAUUGUUUAGUCUUCU